AUGUCAGAAUCUAUGAGCAUAUCAGUGAACGGACAGUCUCAAGUGCCUCCUGGGUUCAGGUUUCACCCGACCGAGGAAGAGCUGCUGCAGUAUUAUCUCCGGAAGAAAGUAAAUAGCAUCAAGAUCGACCUUGACGUUAUUCGCGACGUUGAUCUCAACAAGCUCGAGCCUUGGGAUAUUCAAGAGAUCUGUAAAAUAGGAACAACGCCUCAAAACGACUGGUAUUUCUUUAGCCACAAGGACAAAAAAUAUCCGACGGGGACGAGAACUAACCGAGCUACGACUGCCGGAUUUUGGAAAGCAACAGGCCGCGACAAGAUCAUAUAUAGUAAUGGCCGUAGGAUUGGGAUGAGAAAGACUCUUGUUUUCUACAAAGGUCGAGCUCCUCAUGGCCAAAAAUCUGACUGGAUCAUGCAUGAAUACAGACUCGAAGACAACAUCAUUUCCCUUGAGGAUGUCACCGUUCAUGAGGUGGUGGGUAUUAUUGGGGAGGCAUCACAAGACGAAGGAUGGGUGGUGUGUCGUAUUUUCAAGAAGAAGAAUCUUCAGAAAACCCUAAACAGUCCCAUCGGAGGAGCUUCCCUGAGUGGCGGCGGAGACACGGCGAGGACUUCGUCCUCAUCUCAUUUCUUCAACGAUGAUAGUCUCGAGCAAUUCCUAGAACUUAUGGGGAGAUCUUGUAAAGAAGAGCUAAAUCUAGACCCUUUCAUGAAACUCCCAAACCUCGAGAGCCCUAACAGUCAAACAUUCAACCACAACUGCCAUGUCAGUUCUCCGGACACUAAUCAUGGUGUCCAAGUCAGCAAUGUGAUCGACACUAGCUUCGUUACUAGCUGGUCCGCUUUAGACCGGCUUGUGGCCUCGCAGCUAAACGGACCCAUAUCGUACUCAAUCGCAGCCGUCGAUGAGAGCCAGGUAGAUCAAGAUCACCUCGUCUUACCUUCCCUCCGAUCUCCAUACCCUAUCCUAAACCGGUCCGGUUCAUACCACGACGGUUUAUCGCAGGAACAUCCAGCGGAGAUGGAGCUAUGGAACACGACAACGUCAUCUCUAUCAUCAUCGCCUGACCCAUUUUGCCACGUGUCUAACGGUAGUGGAUAAGGAAAAUGGGAAAGGGAGACACACACAGAGAAGACAUUUCACAUUUGUGUAGAAAGAUAUAAUCAUACCAUAUAGUUGUUGAGGCAUUAAAAAGGGAAGUCAGAUUUGUGAUAAUUACAGUGGUUAUGUGAAAGAUUGUAAAAU